AUGCAACGUAAUUUUAGUAACUUUCCAGUGGAAAUUUUAGAUGUUAUCUUUGGAUAUGUCCGUGGAGUCUAUGAAGUAGACGGCCUCAAGCAAUGCGAGUUGGUGUGCAAAAAAUGGAUGUUACCCGCCCAACGCUGUCUUUAUUCUGAAGUUCUUCUCCCCAAUAUAAAUUCAGCCAAAGCCAUAAUCGUUGCUUUAACUGAUGAUGACACCUCAUCUCCAGGAAGAUUUACGCAAACUCUUGCAUAUUUGGGAAAAUACGAUAUUCCACAUAUUACUGCUGCUGCAGGCAUCAAGUCAUUCAUUGAUAUAUUUCCUAAUCUACGUCAUGUAUACUGUCAAAAUGAUGAAGUUGAUUAUUACUCUGCUUUAAUUAAGGCUCAUGGUGAGGGUAAAUUAAAAGACUUGAAUAGUAUUGGUACCUGUCCUGAACAAUUUAUUGAUAAACAUGAUACUUGCGCGAUGUUGCACAAAAAUACUCUGCAGAUACUAAAUGUUCGCGAAGGCUACAGGAACUUUGCAAAGACAAGCCUAUACGAUCAACUUCAUCUUUUUCCCAAAAUGAGAAAACUAACUCUGGAAACAAACAAACACAAUUUUUAUCAAUAUUCAGAACAUAUUAAUGGGAAUAUGCGUGAUCUGAAAGCGGUGUACUACGAAAACAUUGAAAACGCUGAUUACAAUGGUCUAGCCCCUUACGAAACUGUUGAUAUUUCAAAGAUAAUACCUCGGCCUGGUGUCAAAGAACUUGUAAUUGAAGGUUUUUGCUACGAAGAUGACAAUUUAUUGUUGUACCUGAUGACGAAAUAUCCAGCAUUGAAUGCCAUCAGAAUAAAUCUAAAAAGAGACUGUGUCAUUCGACAGCCCAAUCUAUAUAAAAAGAUAAAGUCAACACACAACAACUUUUCAGUACCUAUGCUUUCAAAAUUUAUGGCGUUUGUUGUAAACUGUAAAUAUUUCACAAUGGAUUUGUUGUAUACCACCCUCAAUGUAGAUGAAAUUCUGAAAGGCUUUUGGGAUUUGCGUGAUCUUAAAGAAACAAAGUUAGUUGGACUGACUUAUGCUGAAGGUACUAACUGGCAGGACCCUGAAGAGCAACGAUCAGUAAAUGGGAAGGCAUUGGUAAAUAUAGCUUUGGAGGUAGAUCAGUCCAUAGAUAAAAAGGCUGUGAUGUUUAACUACGCAUCCGUUGGUGCCGAUUUACCACAUCUCAGAGUGGUUGAAAAAGUCGGAAAGAAUAUAGAUCACCUUAUAGUAUGUCUCGGCCCUGACAAAUGUUUAAAUGUUAUUUACGGGCAAGAUGUAGAGACUAUAACUUUGGUAAACGGGGGUUUUCUCGGUCAUAUCCUCCAGCAUUGUACAAAUUUACAAAAACUUCAGGUAUAUUUCUCACGUAUUCUCUUUUAUAACAGUGAUGAAUACCCAACUAUAAACACAUGCAUUACCGAAUUAUGUCUUGAACGGGUGGUAGUCGCCGAAAACGUACUGACUGAGAUAUCAAAACAACUACCAUCAUUGAAAAAGUUGCAGUUAAAAGAUGUACAUCAUGUUGAUGAGGAAGAUGAAGAUGUAAUUGAUUACUUUAACUCUGAAAUUAACAUGCCACAAACAUCAUUCCGUUUCUUGUACGUCAAAAACUAUAUCAUAGACGGUGCCUAUUAUUCUCAUUAUCCUUCCAAAAUACUGAUCAAGCUGACAACAAAUAACGAGGAUACAUACUACAAAUACGAAUCACCAGUAAAAAUCGAUAUUGAAGAAAGUGCCUUGGAUAGUGAUUCCGAUGAAGAGGACGCUGAUGAAGUAGAGCAAGAGAAAAAUCCUGAUUUCCCUCUUGCAGCUCAAAUUAAAGAGGGUGAUUUCAACUCUGGCCUGGGUGAUCAUACAUUUGCAAACAUCCAUAUUACAUGUAAAUCUGUCAAUUAUUUGGUAGUUUCCUUAAAAAAAAUUAGCCCGGCUUUAUCCUGCUGUGUAUUGCUACCAGACAAAUCUGGAAAUCUUGCUGCUUCCAUGAGCGAAAAAAAAUUACGUGAGCAUUAUUUGCAAGGAGAUCGCUAA